UGGCGUGGCGACUACUUCCAAUUCCCAAUUGAAGUUCGAUUUGACAGUGGUUGGGAUGCGAUUGUCGGUGGUUCAGACAAAAUAGAGUAAAUGCCUGCUUUUCAAUAAGUGAAGUAAAAACCCACUCACAGUUGCUCUACAAAGUUUCACCUGAUCCGAAAUUGAAGGCGCUGCAGUUUCAAAGAAGGUGCCCAUCCCGCGCUGUUAUCCUGAUACGACCCAUUCCGGCGUUUGCAGCGACCUUCAUGCAACCUUCACUUCACGUGUGUGAUCAAUAAAGUGAGGAAUAAUCACACUAGCGGGCAGGAAGAAGCGCGCCAAGCAACUCGUCGGAGCGUAUCCAUUGGCAAAUAGCUGCUUGGAAAAGGAUGAAAUGAGUGAUUUCGGACGCCCGUUGCCGCCUUCCGCGCGAUAAUGGCUAAGGCUGUUGCUGUGACCGUCGUUACUCCGUGAGUGGCACCGUGCUAUUGCUUACGGGGUCCCCGCGACUCCUGUGCAAGAUUAAAAACUCCAGGCGUCAAGCGCUAGCGCUCUGAGCUGGACUGCUAACUUUGUGCCGUAUAAAUGGUCACAGUCAGAAUCGGAGAGAUCCAGUAGUGGUUUCGAUUUCGCUUUCAGUUGGUCGGUACUUAUCGCCGCGAGUGAGUGUUGACGGGAGUUCCAUCCACGGUGCAUAAUUCGGCCGAGAGAAUCUGACAAACUAGUGGUUUCUAUAGAAAGUGAACUUCUAAGAGUUUGGUGUGCUAUUGAAGUUGCGGAGAUGUGCGAACGCGAAUUGAGCUGCGGCGCUGAGGUUACGCGCUAUGUGGGCCGGACGAGGUUUAACCAGAAUGGAGUUGUACAGCCUCUACUCACAGAUUUAUAUCAGAUAACAAUGGCUUACGCAUACUGGAAAUCAGGCAAAACAGACGACCAUAGUGUAUUUGAUUUAUUCUUCAGGAACAACCCAUUCCAAGGAGAGUUCACAAUUUUCGCUGGUUUAGAAGAAUGUUUGAAGUUUCUGGAAAACUUUCAUUACUCUGACAGUGAUAUUGAAUAUUUAAAACUUACAUUACCAGAUAGUAUAGAGGAUGGUUUUUAUGAAUAUUUACGAAAUUUAGACGCUAAAGAUGUGACACUGUAUGCUCUAGAUGAAGGUUCAGUUGCAUUUCCUCGAGUUCCUCUGAUUAAAAUUGAGGGUCCACUUAUUAUAGUACAAUUAUUGGAGACAACUUUAUUAACAUUAGUGAACUAUGCAAGUCUAAUGGCCACAAAUGCUGCACGCUAUCGAAUGGUAGCAGGAAAACAUAUAAACUUAUUGGAAUUUGGUUUGCGACGAGCUCAAGGCCCAGAUGGGGGAUUAUCGGCUUCAAAAUAUUCCUACAUUGGUGGAUUUGAUGGCACGUCAAAUGUUCUGGCGGGUAAACUAUUCAACAUUCCUGUUCGUGGUACCCACGCUCAUGCUUACAUUACCUCGUUCACGGGAAUAUCGGAAUUGAAAACUCGAAUGCUACGUCAUAAGGUCACUGGAGUACAAGAGGAUUUACUUGAGCGGGCGAUCCUUCAUCGUGAUUCACUAUCUCGCGUCCUUGACAUAUCCACCGAAGAAUCUAGCGAAGGAGAAUUAGCAGCUAUGGUGUCGUUUGCAAUUGCGUUUCCCGAUGGUUUCAUGGCCCUUGUCGAUACGUAUGAUGUUAAGAGCCAAAUCUCAGGUCAACAUUCUCCUAAAAAAUUAAUUGAAAAUGGACAUAAGCUCUUAAACGGGACAAAUAACAAAAGAAAAGGAACUAAACGACCCAGCGGUAAUGGAAAACUGUUAAAUGCUUGUGAAUUGAAUAAUAAUGAUGACUUGCGUGGUGAAAAUAGCGUUAAGGAAAAUGGGGCACAUGAAGUUAAUCCAAAUUUGAAUGGAAAACAAAAUGAGAAAAGUGCUCCGAACAAACUAAAAGAAUCAGUUGAAACUUUGACCACUGCAACUAGCAAAUAUUAUCUGUCAAAAAGUGUCGAGAAGUCGUUCAGGAGCGGGUUAUUGAACUUCUGUGCCGUCGCAUUGGCUCUUCAUGAUCUCGGCUAUCGUGCAGUUGGUGUUCGUAUUGAUUCUGGUGAUUUGGCGUAUCUGUCGUGCUUAGCACGUGAAACUUUUGAAAAGAUAGCCCAUUGUUUCCGAAUUGAUUGGUUUAAAAACCUAACAAUUGUUGCAUCGAAUGAUAUUAACGAAGAAACAAUAUUGAGCUUGAAUGAACAAGGACAUAAGAUUGACUGUUUCGGCAUUGGAACACAUUUAGUCACGUGUCAGCGGCAGCCUGCACUUGGAUGUGUGUACAAACUUGUGGAAAUCAAUGGACAAGCUAGAAUCAAGCUGAGUCAAGACGUCGAAAAAGUCACCAUGCCUGGAAACAAAAAUGCUUACAGGCUUUACAGUGCGGACGGACAUGCGCUAAUUGACCUUCUACAAAAAGUAACUGAACCAGAUCCUGAAGUUGGUCAGAAAGUUUUAUGUCGACACCCAUUCCAAGAGUCAAAGCGAGCUUAUGUUAUCCCAUCAGGAGUUGAGCCACUUUACAAAGUUUACUGGAAGAAUGGGAAAAUAAGCCAACCCCUUCCCAGCUUGGAACAGAUUCGUGAUCGAGUUCAGACGUCGUUGAAGACUUUACGCACUGAUCAUAAGCGCACAUUGAAUCCAACUCCAUAUAAGGUGGCGGUGAGCGAUAAUCUUUACAACUUCAUACACGACCUUUGGCUUCAGAAUGCACCGAUCGGUGAAUUGUCAUGAUCUAUAUAAAUGAAUUAUAUAGAUUCCAAUAGUGGAAUUGUUUUUUUGUGAGUGAAUAUUUACAGAGCUGGGUGUAAAUGCUUUGUUGGAGCAUAUAGACAGCGUGUGAUGAUGAGCUUCAUCGUAAGAUAAGUGAUAAUUGGCAAGCAAAAAGUUAAGUUAUAUAUUAACAAGAACUACUUCUAAGAAUAUUAAUAUGAUAAACAUGAUUACCUGUUUUGUAUGUUGGUAACAAAUAUCUACACUUGAACAUUAGUAUUUCCCAUUUUGUCGGAUUGUCAUAAUCAUAAAAGUAGACAUACUUGGAAAGAAUUGGUAAUAUUGACAUUUGAUUUAGUCUGUUAUACAAUUUUUAUCUUCCUCAAUUCAGACAAAUAUCGAAAUUUGUUUAGGUUCAUUUACAGGAAUAUUAUAUCUCUGGAAUAAAUUGAUAAAAACGGGAUACUCUAAUUUUAAAUAAAAUAUAUGUAGAAUAGCUUUUCUGAUCUGA